AUGGCAACUGUAUUCUUGAUUGUUCUCUCUUAUAUCAUUCUAGCAUAUGGAGAAAGGACUACUCUUGAUAUCUCAAAGCGCGACGAGGCAAAAAUUUUCUUUAUGGAAUUUAAUAGGACUGAACUAUCGCAUACAACGUAUAACCCCAGACACGGAGUAGUAAUAUGCAGAAUUGUGAGUGGAAACAGCCUAAUAUGGAAGCAAGACCAAAGAAACGAGCAGUGCGUUAGAUUUGUAGUUUACAGGCUAUAUGGCAUGGAGAGAGUAGCAUACGCACUUAUAAGCAGAGAUAAGUUGUAUUACAGAUACUACAGGUUCAAACAGGGUGAAUGGAAGGAGCUAAACUCUGACGUCUACAACGAGGUGUUUGCUAGGCUACUCUUGGAGCAAAAGGUUAAUAUUAGAGACAUCGACCCUGCCAUGUUCUCAACGCACGAGUAUACGCCAUUUGGAAUCCCAUCCUUCACAUACGUGCCGAUUUCAAAGUAUAGAAUAGCUACAAUCGCAGAUGGAAGCGAUUUAAUCUGGGAGUCUGAGGACCACAAAUGCGAGUAUUUUGUCAUACACGGAGAUCCCAAAGAUCCUAAACUUGUCCAACUCUUCAUAAACUGCAGAAAUACCUACAAGCUCCUCUAUUUCGAGAGACGAGAUGGACAGUGGGUACCUGUAACGAAGGAAUCCUUCUACUCCAAACUGGAGGAGCUGGACAACGAAACCGGAACUGUAAUGUGA